AUGGAAAACAGCGGCAGAGCCGGGAGCCCCGGCAACAGCGAGCAGAGCGGCGAGGGAGAGGAGGUCAAGACAACCGCGGGGUGCUGGGAGGGAGACUGCGUUAUUUGUCUUUGCCCGUUGAGGAGUUCUAGCCAGCAGCCGCAGGAGGAGCAGCAGCAGCAGGAAGUGUACCAGAUCCAAGCGUGUGGGCACAAGUUCCACCGAGCGUGCCUCGCCGAGAACCGCAGGGCGGGGAACAUCGGCUGCCCCUGCUGCCGGGGCCCCCUAGAGAGGGGGCUGACGCCCACGCCCACCGCGGCGGAGAGGAGAGCGACCGCCGACCGGCAGGCGCUCUCGGAAGCCCGGGGGGCGACCCUGGACUCGGCGCUGGUGGCGAUGGUGGCCGUGCGCGAGGCGCUGACGGUGAUCUCGAACGCGGGCCCGGCCCCGGCGGUGGUGGCGGCGGCCGAGCCGGCGACGCUCGCGGCGAGGUCGACGCAGGAGGCCGUGUCGACGGUGCUGGCGGUGGUGCGGUCGACCGCGCCGUCGGUGACCAUGUACGCGGCGGCCUCGCGAGGAAGGCCGAGCCGGUACCAGAUCAACCAUCUGAGGUGUCUGGAUGCGGAGAGCGAGCGCGCGUUCAUGGGCAGUCUUUCGCGUCCAGUAUUCCAGUCGCAUCUUCGCGGCAUACUUCGGAUCGCACUGCAGCCAUCCUCGUCACGUUAGAUAGCCCAGCUGGUCUCUACCAGCAGUCAUUUCGCGGUUUGUUGGGUGUGUCUCUCUGUAGAUCAGCUGACACACGCCUAUGACUUGGGCUUCACGGCUGCAUGUAAUAUCUUGGGAAGGAGGGAUGCAAGUGUAGGACACGGCUUAUGCACCAAUGCCGAUUCGUGCGACGUACGGCGGUACGUACAAGCUUGGAUGAUAAGCACGAGGUGGAAAAACGCCCUGGUGAUGGAGUGUGUUUCGGGGUCGGGGAUCAAGUCUUCUGUGGAAGCGUGUUGUCGGUUCUGUUUUUCCGACGUUCCAUCCCCUCGACAUUUUUCCUGAGAACCCUUUUUUUUUUACCCUUGCGUGUGUGUGUGUUUUUUUUGUUGAGACCAGAGUUGUAGGCGGGCGUGGCACCUUAACUAUUAGACUCUACUUCCCGUACAAUGACAUGUAUCGAGUUAAACAGUCGCUUAGUACACGAGGACUUGUUUUUGGUACCGUUAACCGGGCUCUACCACUUGUCUGUUGCAGAUUUUCGGCGUGACGCGAAGGACCGUGCUUGUGG